AUGUCACGACAAUAUUCUUCAUGGGCUGCAAAUCAAGCUUUAAUAAAUCCAGAUUUAACAACGAUGAAAUUAGCAACAGUGAUGGGCAAUGAACAGGGUCAACUCAAACAUCUCGAAAGAGUUGAGGCUAUUCCACAUAUGUAUAUAAAUUUGGAUGCACCACCACCACCACCACUAUCAACAGCAACAAUGACAGCCACAAAUUUUGACACUCGAGCUACACAGCCAAUGAUGAUGUCACGACAGAAUUCAUCUUUUUUUGCUGCACCACCUGUUAUAUCGACUCCAAUAAAUGCUCAAACGAAAAUGUGGCCAGCUGAAAAACCUACUAAAAAUGCAUCAACAUUUGAAAGUGCAUCAUCAACAUCAAAACGAAGUCAUAAACAUAAACACCAUCAUCAUCAUCAUAGCGAUAAACAUCAUCAUCAUCACCAUCAUAGCCGACGAAAUCGAGCUAAAAGUGCGGAAUCAAUUAGAAAUCGACCCAAUCAAACAUUAGUUUCUUCGUCGAAAAUGAUGAUGGCUAAUCCGCAAUAUGUUGAACAAGAUCAACAACAACAACAGUCUCAACAGAUGGUUGUCUAUCGUGAAGUACCAAAUGGUGAAGGUUACGCUGUUGAUCCUAAUGGUUUAGCUACUGUUCCUUAUCAAACACAAAAUGAAACAGUUGCUGUCGAUGAUCAACAAACGCCUUGCUUUGUCUAUCGUGAUGGUAAUUUUCAACAACAACCGCAAAGAAUAGUAACAGAUGGAAUUCCUCAACAAAUUUUCUACAAUCAAGAUCAAGAUACAAAAUUUAUUCAACGAAAAAUUCCUCUACAUCCUAUACAAAAUCAAAUGAUUUCCCAUCGAGUAGCAUCUUGCAAUGAAACUCAAGUCGGCCAUCAUUCCCCACAUAUUUAUGCUCAACCUCCUUCAAUUAUGAAACAUAAUUCAUGUACUCCUACCGGUUGUAAUGUGCAAGAAAUUGAGCGAAUCUAUGUUGAAAAUGAUUGUUGUUGUUGUCGUCCAACAUCAACUAUGAAUUGCACUUCAGAUUCUUGUUUUAUUCAACAAGCUGAUGGAACAUUUUGUCUUUCACAACAACAACAACAACAACAACAACAACCAUCAUCACAAAUAGUCUAUUGUACUGAACCUAAUCAACACGAAUAUCAUUGCACAUCAAAUAAUAAUAAUAAUAUCAUUCAACAAACUAUAUCACCAGGACAACAACAAUUUGUUUAUGUUGACAAUCUACCGACAUCAAUGCAACCAACAAUGAUAAAUCAAAUACCUGUUUUUAAUUCAUUAUCAACAAACGCUGGAACGGCAUCAUCUAUUAUCAGUCUACCACAAUCACAACUUCAACGUGCAACAAGCUUCCUUGUUCAACAACAACCACAGCCUCAACAAUUACAAAUUAUUCAACAACCACAAUCCCUACAAGUUCUCCAACAACAUCAACCAAUGCAAAUUAUUCAACAGCCACAACCAUUACAGCUUAUUCAGAGUACGCAGCCACAAUUUUUACAAAUAGCAUCACCUGCAUCGCAAACGAUUCAAGCUCAACCUGUUCUUCAAACUCUUCAAAUGCCAACAUCAAGCGUCGCAGCUAGUCCUCAAAUUCUCUAUCAACGUCCCUAUGAUCCAAUUGUGAUGCCAGUUCAAAAUCAACAAAUGGCUAUAGCAAAUCCAAAUGUAUUAGCAUUAAGUCAACCAUCUUAUGCACCAUCACGUGUUAUGCCGAGUACACAAGCAACACAACCCGAUGGAGCAAAUAUGUUUCGUCAUGCGCUUAUACGAACUGUUGCUGGUCGAGCUGGCUUACCUGUUCCUUCGACAGCAUCUAAUAAUGGCGCUAUUCAAUUGAUGCAACCUACAAUCACAGCACAGACAGUUACGAAUCCAAAUCUACUAUUAGCUGGCGGUGUAAACCGAUCGGGAUCAUUGCCAAUCAUACCAUUGACACCCGGGGGGUUACUCAUCCCAUUUCAGCCAUCAGAAACGCGAGGAUUACGACCUGGACCACUUCCGCGAGCUGGUGGUUAUGGAUCAAAUCUUCAAAAUUUUACUGAUAUUCAGCAACAAAUUGACCAAAAACGUGCUCAAUUGACGCAGUCUCUACAACAAGCAGUAUUAAAUAAUCAACGCUCGUCACCACCUAUAAUAUCUGCAACAGCUAGAAAUCAAAAUAAUCCAUAUGCAUCAGGAAAUAUUUUUGCCACAGGUGCUAGACCGGGUGGAACUACAGGCUACACUCAAUCAAAUACGACAGGAAUCAGUUACUCUCAACCCUCCUUUGCUGCUGGAAACAUUCGAUCGAAUACGUCAGGUUCAUCGACUGGCCCUUAUUUUCCUCUAAGACCAUGA